CAAUCGCAUAGCAACUUUGAGUGGCUGUCAAGUGUCAAUUUUUUUUAACGCCAAUUAAAGUUAUCAAAAUUUUAGUGAACAUGAAGUGUAUUAAAAUAUUUUAAAUGAAAAUGGAAACCCAAACAAGAUCCACCCCACAAGAAUCUAAUUCGACCACAUCCUCAACCUUCAGUUUAGACAGGACCUCGCUUUCUGGUCAUUGUACUUCAUUCACGUUAGAUGUCGAGUACCAAUCCAAAACUCAGCAAACCGUUGAGUGCUCUAAAGUUGUCAACGACAUCCAAGUACAAUGUGCGCUGUUAAUGGAUGGCAACACCACAACGGUUGAAGGUGACGAACUAAUUGGUAGACUGACCAAGCAAAAAAUUGCUCCGUCGCGAGUGAUCAAAGCGCUAAGGUGGUACCUGCUGAAAUAUGGUCGUGGCAUUUUCAUCAAUCGUGGAAUGCAAGCCGGCUUACACUUGGAUGUUAAAAACACACCAUCGCCAAACGAACUUCUAGAUAACGUAUACUCAUCACUUCCCGAACCGUACAUUGCAAACACCAAACCAUCACAAAGCUUGGGAUCUAUCAACAAAAAUGAAUCUCAAGAAAUCCCACGCAGAAGAAGUACAUCACUCGCUACUGUAACCAGCGUGUAUAGCGUUGUGCCUAAAGACGUGGAUCGCAUUAAGAAAUCAAAGCAAAGAUUUAAAAGCUGUAUACCAUUAGCAAUAAAAACCACUUCCAAGAAAUCAAAAGCACUUGUCAAAUCCACCCCGCUCUCCCAUUUACCAGUUCGACGCGGAUUCGAAACGAAAGUUCCAAUUUACAGCAACACCCUAGAAGGGGUUUGUAAAACAGUCGAUUUCUCAUCACAAAUCGACUUGAAACCCAAGUACUUGAUAACGCAAUCGACUGAAACCCAUGAGCACGUUCAACAGUUUAGCCAAACUGAUGUACCAAACCUUGAGAACAAUUUUAUCGAGAAAAUUCAUGGAGUAUUUAAUAAGGGAAGCACCGUGUGGAUUGCCAUAAAGCAGUCACCUUUAAGUAGCUUCUCGAUUAAGAGCAGCUGUUCGUUUAGUCACCAUGUGGAUGAAAAGUCCCGGCAGGUGGGACACGUAGAGUUUGCUUCAAGCAUGGAGACCGUUGUGUGUAAGUACAAGAAGUCGGACAGUGAAAAGGUAAAACCAGAAUCCAAAAUUGAGGUGAACCCUUGGAACCUAUCUCCCUCGUUAAUGGAUCGAGUGCGCUGCUAUACGUCCUUGUCUAAUGUACCAACGGAUGAUCAAAGGAGGAUGUUGGGUCGCUGCCAGGCUCAAUCAAGGAGCCGGCUAGUCUAUUACGGAAUGGAUCAGAAGAAAUCCCUAAGAUUGCCGCAUAGUGUGGGGAAGUCGUCGAAGGAACGAAACUCUCGAACUAAGAGGAUGGCGCAGUCGGAUCCCUCACUUUUUGGAAUUGUUCGCAAGGAACGCACUACUGGGAGUGGAAAAGCACUUGUACGAAAAACUUCGAAACGUACCACACUAGCGUUGGCGCAUAAGGCGGUUUCAGGGACAGACAUCGAUCUUUCUUCCUAUGUGCAAGAACAGCCGCGAGCAAAACAGAAGGUUCAGGUAUUGUACCAAAGCGACGCCUCCACGCUUACUGUAAGAAAGAAAGGGAGCAAGGCGCAAAUGCAAAAGUGGGAAAAGAGCAUCGUGCAGACCGAGAAGACCCUCCACAAUUUAAGGCAGAAGAUAACGCAUUUGAAUGAGUUGCUGAAACGCGGAGGUAAGGAAGAGAUGUUGGGCAUUCACUAUUUUAACAGCGCGAAACGUUGCGUACGGAAGUCGACAUGUCCUAAUGUAACCCGUUCCAUGAUGUGCCAGACUACUCGGCAUGCAAGUAGCCGUAACUACCAGAGGCGCGCGGCGGCGGAAGAAAGAGUUGAAUGUCACAAUCGCCAAAGGUGCCAGUGCAUGAAGGACCCGCCUGAGAAUUUUCCGCACGUUCCCUCGGUGCCCCUACACUUAUUGGUGCCCCAUAGUGUUAUAUAAAGAAAAUAAACGUUUAGGUUGUUUAUUUGCUAACGUGUUAUGUACACAGAUAUUACAACAACUAUGAUCUCGCAAAGAAUUCUUAUAAAUUAUCACAAUAAAAAUGUGCCUGAUGGUUAAAUAAUA